AUGUCCACUAAGAAAGUGAAUAAAGGUAAAACAAAUCCGGAUACUCCAUCUAAGUCUGCUGCUCCCAAGUUGGAUGAAUAUAUGCAAACCCGAGCAAGAACAGGCCUCAAGAGGCCACCGGACCAGGAGAACAUGCCGCCCACCCUGGCAGCCAUUUCUGUACCGGCAGACUCGGACAAGUACGAACUGAAAGAGUUCAUUCCAGAUGCCUUGAAAGAGCAAACUGAACAACUCUUGAAUAAGGAGCAGAACGUCCCUGAGAAGUCUCCACAACAUAAAGUUGACAAGGAAGAAACAUUUGCGAGCAGUCCACUUCACGAGGCCUGCAGGAAGGGGAACCUGACUCGAGUGAGACGCAUCCUGUCCCAGGGUUUGGUCGACAUCAACAGUAGAGACGGGAAUCACGGCAAAACACCACUCAUGGUGGCAGCACAGGAAGGACAUUGCAGAAUAUUUGACUUUCUUAUAAGAAAAGGGGCUAACACGACACAUGUGGAUAACGAUGGUAAGAACAUCCUUCACUGGGCCUGCAGGGGUUACCAUUUGGGUAUGGCGGAGUGUGUACUCCCACAAUAUGACAUAGACAUUAACAAUAAGCACGUAUCCCCACUUCUGCAGGCUGCAUGGCGGGGACACACAGACGUUUGUGAGUUCCUCGUGUGUAUGGGAGCUAAUGUGUCACAAGUUGAUGAUGUCGGGGACAACGCCCUGCACUGGGGCUGCAGAGGGGGACAUCUAGGUAGUGUGAAGUAUCUACUUUCACUAUGCAGUCUUGAUAUUAACAGUAAGGGGAAAGGUGGCAAGACCCCUUUGAUGCAAGCUGCAUCGUGGAGACACGCGCGCGUUUGUGAGCUCCUCGUGAGUAGGGGAGCUAAUUUGUCACAAGUUGAUGAUAACAGCAACAACGUCCUGCACAUUGCCAGUAAGGUCGGACGAUUAGAUGUCAUGAAAAGUCUUCUCUCACAGGGCAAUGUAAAUAUUAGCAGCAGGGGGACACAUGGAAGGACACCAUUGAUGAAUGCAGCGUAUUAUGGUAAAAGAAAAGUGUUUGAUCUGCUUGCGAAUAAAGGUGGUCUAACUCACUUAGUGGAUGAUCAGGGUCACAACAUCCUUCAUUUGGCCUCUAUGCAUGGAUACCUGUGGAUGGUGAAGCACAUCAUUUCACAGAACAUGGCCGACAUUAACGCCCGAGACAAGAAUGGGAAAACAGCAGCCAUGAUAGCAAAGCCUAAACGUCCUGUGUAUAACUUUCUUGUUUCCCGGGGCUGUCUAGUGAAAUAA